AUGGCUAAUACAGCAUGGGUAGCUAAACAUUUCAAGGACAACAUUAUCAACCAACCUGACAUUAAGCUUAGGAAGUUGCAGGAAUUGAUUAGGAUAAAGUAUGGUGUAUAUGUGGGAAAAUCCAUAUGUGCUAGAGCUAAACAUCAGGUCAUGGGUCAGUAUCUUGGUGAUUACAAGAAGGAGUUUGCUAGAAUAUAUGAUUAUGCUGACAUGUUGAGAUCUACAAAUCGUGGCAGCACUGUUGUUGUGAAGACCUCCAAGGAGACAAUAUCUGGUAAGGAGGUGUUUGUGGGUAUCUAUAUUUGUCUACAUGCUUGCAAAGUUGGUUGGUUAGAAGGGUGUAGAAAUGUUAUUGGCUUUGAUGGAGCAUUUCUGAAGGGUGUGUGUAAGGGUGAGCUACUAUCAUGCAUUGGUAAAGAUGGUAACAACCAAAUGUAUCCUAUUGCCUGGGCAGUGGUGGAAAAGGAGACAAAGCACACAUGGUCAUGGUUUUUUAGGUGCCUGAUGCAUUAUCUGCAGCUCACUGAAUCCCAAGGUGAGGGGUUGACCAUCAUUUCUGAUAUGCAGAAGGGACUUGUUGCAUCUGUUUCUGAGUUAUUACCAAAUGCUGAGCACAGAAUGUGUGCAAGACACAUAUGGAGCAAUUGGAAACAAAAGUGGAAAGGAGAGGAAAGAAGGAAGAAGUUUUGGGCAUGUGCAAGAGCAUUCUUCAAAGAUUGGAGUAAAUAUGAUUCUGUGGAGAACAACAUGUGUGAGACCUUUAACAGUUGGAUCUUGUCUGCUAGGCACAAGUCUUUCAUAACCAUGUUAGAAGAGAUUAGAGUGAAGGUGAUGGAGAGGAUGACUACCAUGAGAGAAUUUGCAACAAGGUGGAUUUCUGAUGUAUCUCCUAUGGCAAUGGGGUACAUAGAGGAACAAUCUCAAUAUGCUGUUAAGCAUGAAUUUAAAUGGAAUGGGGAUACUGGGUAUGAGAUACAACAUGGGGUUUACAAACAUAUUGUUGACUUCUUCAACAAUACAUGCACAUGUAGAUCAUGGCAGCUCAAAGGAAUACCAUGUUCCCAUCCAAUAUCUGCAAUGUUUUUUAAGAGAUUUGAGCCUGCUGACUAUGUAACCCACUGGUACAAGAAAAAAACAUACCUGAAGGCUUUUAGUUGUUACAUACAACCAGUAACCAACAUGGAGAUGUGGCCAUCAACACAGAAUCCAACUGUUGAGCCUCCUGUGAUUACCAAGAUGCCUGGUAGACCUAAGAAAAACAGAAAAAGAGCUCAAGAUGAACCUAAGAAGAAGUUUGGUAAGAGAUCAAGGAAAGGGACACAAAUGAAAUGCUCUAAUUGUAAGACAAAAGGACAAGGAUCUGGAACAACAGGAACCAGUAAUGCUGGUCCUACAAGUGAUUCUGGAACUGCUAGGGCCAGAAAUACUCAACCAUCAGCUAUUGCAAGUGCAUCUGAUACUGAAAGUAUGAGAUCAAGAACUUCUGAGGAUAUUAUAGUUAGUGUUAGAGGAAGGCAAGAGGUAGUGGACUACGAGGAAGACCAAGAACAACUGGAUUUGUGUGGAGCAAGAGAUAGAGUACAUUCUGCUCCUACAAAAGUAGUGGAUGCUGGGCAGACCAAUAUCGAUCUUGGAUACAGUGCACCUGGACUAAGGUGGCAAGGAAGAAAUGCUAUAUCACAAAGGCAACUUCAACAACAGUUGAGGAGAAGACAAACUCAAGCAAGCCUUAGCCAACCUCAAGUCCAUUCUUCAUCUCAGCCAAGCCAGUCUCCAUGUCCAAACUUGAGCCAAUCUCAGCAAAACAUCAACCAAUCUCAACCUUGA